CAGAUAGUUGGCUGUGAGUGUGCUGGAGUGUGAGAGGCCCACAGAGCCAGCAAGAGGGGAGGUGAGAUCAGUUACAGCAGGCAGGGAGAACGCAGGCGGCCAAGCAAGUGAUCUGAGGAACAGAGACAGGCUGAGAUAAGGGGAGGCAGAAAGAGCCAGAAAGCAGAGGUUCGCUUCACGUGAGGAGGAACAGAGCAGGGCGACCGGAGAGGGCAGAGGCGAGGCAGAUAGGGAACACCUGGACCAAGCAGGGCAUUAGGUUACUCCACAGGAAGCUCCUCUCCGGACUCCUCUCCCAGCUUCACCGGUCUCUGCGCUCUGACACGACAUGUUCGACUGCAUGGAGGCUCUCGGGCUGGUGCCUCGGCCCCUCUUCGAUGUGUCCAGGCAGGGCUCCUGCAUGCUGGGCAAGGCCACCCCUUACUUCUCCAGGCUGGACCCUUUCGCUUGGACUGGGGCGAGCAGCGUUCAGUCGGUGGAGACGCAGAGCACCAGUUCAGAGGAGAUGGUGCCCAGCUCCCCCUCCCCUCCUCCUCCUCCCCGGGUCUACAAGCCCUGCUUUGUGUGCCAGGACAAGUCAUCUGGUUAUCACUACGGAGUGAGCUCCUGUGAGGGAUGCAAGGGAUUUUUCCGACGGAGCAUCCAGAAGAACAUGGUGUACACCUGCCAUCGAGACAAGAACUGUCAGAUCAACAAAGUGACGCGGAACCGCUGCCAGUACUGUCGGCUGCAGAAGUGCUUCGAGGUCGGCAUGUCCAAAGAAGCCGUGCGUAACGACAGGAACAAGAAGAAGAAGGACAUGAAGGAGGAGGUGGUGCUGCCCGAGAACUACGAGCUCAGUGGAGAACUGGAGGAGCUUGUUAACAAAGUCAGCAAAGCUCACCAGGAGACCUUCCCGUCACUGUGCCAGCUGGGAAAAUACACCACGAACUCCAGCGCUGACCACAGAGUGCAGCUGGACUUGGGCCUGUGGGAUAAGUUCAGUGAGCUUUCCACUAAGUGCAUUAUAAAGAUUGUGGAGUUUGCCAAGCGACUACCAGGCUUCACCACGCUCACCAUCGCUGACCAGAUCACCCUCCUCAAAUCUGCAUGUCUGGACAUCCUGAUGCUGAGGAUAUGCACCCGCUACACUCCGGAGCAGGACACCAUGACGUUCUCCGACGGCCUGACUCUCAACAGGACCCAGAUGCACAACGCCGGCUUUGGGCCCCUCACAGACCUGGUGUUCGCCUUCGCCGGGCAGCUGCUGCCUCUGGAGAUGGACGACACAGAGACGGGGCUCCUCAGCGCAAUCUGUCUCAUCUGUGGAGACCGCAUGGACUUGGAAGAGCCAGAGAAGGUCGACAAACUUCAGGAGCCGCUGCUGGAGGCCCUAAAGAUCUACACUCGGCGCAGACGCCCGAACAAGCCUCACAUGUUCCCCCGCAUGCUGAUGAAAGUCACGGACCUCCGAGGAAUCAGCACCAAAGGUGCAGAACGAGCCAUCACCCUCAAGACGGAGAUCCCCGGCCCCAUGCCGCCUCUGAUCAGGGAGAUGCUGGAGAACCCGGAAGCCUUCGAGGACAGCAGCGACUCCAGCGACAGCGCCUCGGCCGCUCCCCCGGCCAUCCAGGCCAUCAAGCAAGAGGAGAAGUCCACGUACGAGUCGGCCUUCGAGGAGGAAGAGGAGGAGGAGGAGGACGACUACUGGGACGAGGAGAGGGAGUGGGGGGCGGACAGCGACGGCGAGCCGUGGGCGGAGGCGGCGCAGAAGAAAGCGGUGGCGGGAAAGACGCAGUGAGAAGGACGGGCGACAGACCGCUGAGCCGCACAGGAGACGCGCGCCGCCUCACAGAUUUAGGCUCGUUAAUGACAUUUCUAGUAAUCUGUACAUACUGACUCCGAGGAAAACUGUUUUCAAUUCAAAAUAGGAAGCAAAUAAUCCAAGAGAAAAAGCACUACAUUUCAGUGGAUGAAUGAGGGCACCGUUAAAAGUAUCAACGUGACUUUUUUCAAAAGAUAUCUGAGAGCGUGACCCGGACAGAGCAGCAGGAAUGGCUGGGAGGAAGGAAACGAGCUCCCCGGCUGUCUCCUAUAAGGGCUAUGCUUCGUUAAAGUUGACAGUACGUUACAGCAGCUGAACUCUACAUGGUGUCCAUGUGCCACGAAUGUCUUCUCAGAAUUACUUCCAUUACUUCUCAGAGAUUAUGCAACUUAAUUUCAGUGUACAUUCUUCUUCUUCUUCUUUUUUUUUCUGAGCAUGUUACCUUUACGCCUCAUUUGUCUCUCGUUUUCUUUUUUUGGUAUGUUUUUUCACUCAUUCGACUCAACCCGUGAGAAGUUUGAACUUUAAUCUUUUUCAUUUCUGUUUUAUUGGGGGGGGGGAGUGUUGUUGUUUUUUUAAUAGUGAUAGAGAAACAGAUAGUCAUGAGCAGGACUCAAACUCAAAAAAAAAAAGUCAUAGUAACUUUUCAGUCAUGAAACUAUCUGACAGAGGAUAAAAUGAGAGAGAUCUCCAGCCUGUGUUUUAACUCUGGUGCCAAAUACGUAAAAAAAUUAAAACACAAGACGUAUCUUCACAUGCCAACCUUUAUAUAAAAGUAUAUGAACACUUGUGCAUCCCAACACCCACUUUAAAUCUGCAAAGGGUGGAUUUAACACCAUCCCUCACUCUCAGGUUAAGUCUCUCCCAAACUAAAAAGAACAACUCGUGAUGUAGCGAGUAAAAGUACCCAAACGGAUAUUAAAAUGGAUAAAUAAACUCAGGUGCAAGUGUGUGUAGCGAGUGUGCAAGAAGGAGAAAAAUCUAGAGUUAUUACAUUUGUGCCAACAUCUACAAUGAACUUUUUCAACAAUUCAAGCACCUGUGGGGUAAAAAGAAAAAUAAACAUUUUUUUAAAUGCCAAAUAUACUCUCCAGAUUUGUUUUCAAGCCAUAUGUAUGUAAUAACACAUUUAAAAGAUAAAGCUCUGGAAAAUGUGUCUUAAACUUUUGAAACCAAGAUUAACAUGAAUGACAAGGGUUUCACAACCCAUACUUGAUGAUCUGGACAGCUAUUAAUGUUUCAUAAACCCUGCUGUGAUUUUAGUGAUAUAAGGCCUUUAUUUCUACAUUUAAUCACCUUUUAAAUUAAUUAUGACGUAUCGUCAACGUGCUCCAAACACACUGAAUGGAUACAGAGCCGGCCCAAGAUUGUAAGGGUCCCUCAGCAGACGUGAAUGUGGGAACCCACAACCCACCGGUUUAAAUCGGAACUAUUUUUAUAUCUAGAAAUUAAUAAACGAAUAAAUCUAUAUUUUAAAUAUUAAGGAUUUUUUUGAAUAAUUUAAAAUUUGAAACUUUCAGAGCGACUUUAAGAGUAGCGUCACUGUUGGGAAACAUGAAGUUCUGAAAUCUGCACUUGAACAUGGAAAAGUCGGCAGUUAUGUUACGUUGAUAAAACAUCAUGAAAACUGGAGAUAUAAACUGUUAGCACUUCUAUUUGUAUUUCAUUAAACUAGUGCCCCACAUAGUGCCGUACAAACUUGUUUUAAUGUAAAAAAAUUUUUUUAGAGAAAUCCAGUGCUGUCAUGUUGCAUUGCAUAGUUAGCCCCACAACGAUGAGCAAAUCCUCUGAUUUUCCGACUUGCAACUGGAAUGUGUUCAACUUUGCAGAGACAUCGAUCCCAGAUCCGCAGUUUGACUUCUGAGACGAAACAAAAACGCCACGGGUUUGCUUCUGCCUUGGGCCGGCUCUGGAUACAAGAAACGGUUACUGGAGAAUUUAUUGGGAGUUUUGGAAUAACCAGGUUGCCUGUUGAAGCACAAAAUGAUAUUUUUAGCAAAAUAAAACAUAUUUAUUUCAGAAUAUGUAUAAAAUGAAUGGAACAAAUAAUGAAUAUUUGAUAUAAAAAAAACAACUAGUGUUGCGUACCAACCGUUUUCAGGAAGUGCUUCAUAUUAAAUAUAAGAAAAUAGUUAUGAUCAGAUCAAAAGCCAUUAAAGAGAAAGAAUCAAAACUAAACUGUCAGAAUUAGAUUUUAUUUGCUCUUGCAGGAUCUAAACAUUGUAACAAUUCUCAAACACACACACAGUAUCUGCAUAGCACCAGCCAAAAUAACACAUUUCGUGAUCUUUCCGGAUAAUAGCGAGUUUAUUAUUUCAAAAUACAUUCUUUGCUUGUGCUGUUUCUAGAACAUGUUAGUUAUCCUGAAUUUGAGCCGGUGCAAUAAAUUAACCAUGGAGGUUCCCGCCAAGGCUUCAAGCCAACAACCUUAUAUGCAUAAACAUGUAACAAUAUAAAAAUAAAAGACCAAAGACAGAUAAGUCACUUUAUGUUCAGCAGAAUUUUGCUUUUUCUUUCAAAUAAUGAAGCUGGAUCAAUCUCAUCUCUCUAACGUUUUUGUUGUUGCUGAUAUAUUUCUUUAAUAUUUUAUUCCAUGUUGUCCAUGUGUUCAGGGAGCGACAUUCUUCUUGUAUGUUCUCAGUUCUCAGAACCCAAAAUAGCUUUGAUGACUCUGACUAUUGCACACAGCUACAAACAACUCCAAAAAAACAAAAAAAAAAAACUGUGUUGAAAUGUUCCUCUCACAUUUCUAUGAGGAGCUGAAACCAUGUUUGCUUUUUUUAUUGCUUACUAUGAAAGGUUUUGUGAUAUUUCUUGUAUUUUGAUAAAGGCAAUUUUUGUUCUCAGAAA